CAAUCUGUCCUCCAACAUGGCGGAGGAGGCUGCACCCGUGAAAAGUUCUCCACAAAAAAGCCUUCGAAGACGGCGAAAAGAGCUCCGUCACAGGGCUCAAAGCCUGGUAGAGGGAGCUACAGAUCCUUGGGAAGAGGUGGAAGAGUACGAGACUGUUAUUCCUGAAGGUUCGGAAGAUGAAUUUGUUGACGAGGAGACUGCAGAAAUCGCCGAAGAAGUGAUCGAAUUCACAUACACCAUUCGGGAGCUAGGGGCAGAAAUGAUUCUAGGUUAGGAAUAUUUUCCUUGAAAUCAGGAUAAUGAACGAUAAACAACUAUAGAAUGUUAGUGUUUGACCAUUGUUAACAUCAAGGUUAGCAAGUGAAUAGGUAUGUUUUUAGAUCUGUACUGAAGACAUGGUUGAAAACAUGGCUUCGUCAAUUGUGGUUUGAUUUUAUCUUUAGAUCAGAUUCCAUUUUUUAAAUCUAAUAGUCUGAUUUUGUUCAUUUAAUGUAUUAAUAGGAUACACAUGGUGGUCUCUGAUUCAUGGAAUUGCUCCGAUGAUUUGGUUCUAUCCACUGAAUGAGUUGGAAAUUUCAGGUUAUGAGGCAUUUGUGGUUACAGUUCUAUCACCAAUAUUUACUGGGUUUAGUGCUCUUCUGCAGUUUUCAGGGACCAUACAUGGCUUAGCAUUUUGGCGAGUUCUUUCUUUAGUUGGUGUUGCUUCUUUCCAAGCUCCCACAACUCUCAUCAGACUAAUAAUGUUAGCAUUUGGCUGUGGAACAGCAAUGCUUUGGUUUUGUGGAAUGAUCUGGAACAAAGAUCCUAAGGAGAGGUAAUUAAAGGUAGCACGCUUAAUGAAGGUUCUAGUUGGACAAAAUUCUUGAUUGUCUCUGUUAGAUCACCUUUCUUUUUGGCAAUCGUAAGUGCUCCGUACAUGUAUGAGUUCUAAAUGACUCAUAUUAGCACUUACUGUAGUUUUGUCGUCAAAAGGUUUGUAUAAAGGCAUGUAAUGUUUGACUUGUCAAUUCUCCCUUUGUUUCGCAAGUAAAUGCAAAACACUUGGAAGGAAGAGUCUAGCACCUCAUCAGAAGUUCCUCAGGAUUUCGUUUUAAAUAGCUCAGAAUUAGCACAUCACACAGAUCUAAAAUAAUUUUUAUUAUUAGAUUUGGUUUUUGUGAUAUCCUAAAUAAUCAAGGUCUUCGGUUAGUGUAAUCAGCCUCAGCCUUCAGCUCACCUGAUAACACUUGCCUCAACCUUGAUUAUUUAGGAUAUCACGAAACCCUCAUCAAAUAAGAUAUUGUUUAUUAUUUGUGCUAAUUCAAUAACCCAUUUUUUUCAAAAACAGUGUAUAAUUUUUUUUUUGGUUCAAUUUAAAUUUCAGGGUUUUGUCCUUCUGGGGAUUAGUCUUGGGCUUCUUUCUGUUGCUGACACUGCGCAUUUCAUACAUCACCGUCAACCCAAUCUGGUCAGAUGUCACAAGUAACAGGGUCAUUCUUCUUAUUGCUGUUAUUGCAACAAUGGACAGAGUAUAUACUGGCUAUAUGAUGUCCAUUUCUCAGUCAGGUCCUCCAUCAAAGUCACCAACUGAGCCCCAAGACUCAAGAGUGUCAGGUCCUGGGUGGCUGUUAGUGGCAUUAGGUUUUGGUGCUUUGAUGUUCCUCACACAUGAUGUGUUUGGUGAAGUGUCUCUUGUUUGUCGCUGGGCUGUAUCAGGGUAUCCAGAUACAGGUCCCAAGCCUAAUCCAUGGGGGUAGGUACAAUAUUAUGUUAAAAUUUGCUUCUAACAUUUAAUCAGAGGAGAAUAAUAUAUAUUCUUAUAAACUGGUAACUGGGGGGUAGGGGGUGGCUAGGGGAAUUUUUCUGUUUAAUUAUUUCCAUUAUUUUCUCAAAGGAUUGUAUUGCCAAGCCAGAACUUUAAGAUGUGCAAAUAGCAUGUAGAACAUCUUGAUGAAAAUUAACUCCUCACUAAGGCACAAACUUGGAUACUGGCACCUUCCAUGGUCUAUGUUGAUCCCAAUUAUUAAUCAUUAUUUUAUAGUCACUUAUGGCACAUUUUGGACAAGACCUACUUUGUUGAUUUCACAUUAAUAUCUUAAUAAUGUCUGGCAACCAUUUUCUAAUUCUAGAUUGCUAAUAGUGACUUUCAAAAGGUGAACUUGGAGCAAUGUAAGAUGUGGAAUUCAUACAUACAAAGUUUGGAAAUUUAUUUGCCCAUUCUUGGUUUUAAACAAAAGCAGAUAACCUGACUUAUUCUUGGUUCACAAACAAAAGAUGAUAGACCAAUUCAUGCACAAAAUAUCAUGUACAUAUUUUGUUAUGACCAAUUCAAGCACAAAUAUGAAAACAUGGGCAUGCUAUGCAUAAAAACUACCUUUUCAAAUUUCUUUUCUUAUUAUUGUAUCAGAGCCGCUGUAGUCAUUGCUCUAGGAGUCGGAGUUCUCCUAUCUCGUCAACACUGGACUAGUAAUUUGUUGUGGUGGUUAAUUGGCUCAGCUGGUGCUGCCAUGUUAUACUUUGCUCCUCGUUUUUGGUCAUUCAUCGGCGGACUCAUUCUUGGUGUCUACACCAUGUCGGUUUGGCCAGCUAUGAUUGACAGACUGUUUUGCCGUCCUGUUGCACGGACACUAACUUUGGCUAAUGUGGUGUACAUAGUUCUUACACUGGGAUCAGUGUGGGUAGUGGCUUACAAUUUUGUUCCGGGAGGAGAAUACACAAGAGAAAGGACACAUGUAUUGUUAGGAAUUACCAUGGUAUUAAUUGGUAGGUCAAAAGUGAUUUUUGUCGGUAAUUUGGUAAUUUGCUAGGAAAUUUUUGUUGUUUUUAGCCAACAGAUAAGGGUGUCAAAUUGCACGUAAUGCUAGUGCCCUGCACCAUUGUAGCCUGAGAAAACAGCCCACAUUUCACAUCAACACCACUGGUUCCCCACGAAAUGACACCGGAGGAACGAGCACAGAACUUGCAUACUCAUUACCAGUCACUACCCAGAUUUGAAAAAUGCUUCUCAUUGGUUGUUAUGCAUGUGACAUUUACUUCAACCAAUAGUUAUUAUUGGAAGCACUACCCAGAUCUGGGUAGGGACAUUUCAGUAUCAAAUUUCUUCACUUGUCCUCAGGCAUCAUUUUGCAGGGAAGCCAGGGAUCGCAUCGCAAAAUAUCAGCUGUUUACUUCUCUCUGGCUACCAUGCAUCUAGUUAUGACUUGCCCAAAAGAAUGGUAAGCUGGUAACUUGAUUUUCUUUAAACCCCCUGGUUUUAUAACUCAUGUGUCUAGGAGCUCAAUUCUCAAAAGACUCAAUAAAUUUUCAGGCCUGGAGUGGCUGCAUUAUCAUUUAUAAAUCAGAAUGUUACAUGUACGCAUUGCAAUGUAGCACAAGCUUGUAGACCAAUCCAGUUUUGUGUCUUCGCCUUUGAAUUUUACACUAACUCUCAAAUCAACCUCAUUUGAAAAUUAUUAAAACACUGCGGCAAUGAAAUUCUUGCUUUCCGGAUCCAAAAUGUUAGAUCAAUAUUGUUAAGGAAUGCAGGGCUCAAGAUACUUACUGCCACUAGAAGGACAAUUUUUGGCUGCUAAACUAAUUUGUCAUUUGUCUUCAUAAUUGUACAUUGAACAGUAACCUUAACAUUUUGGUAUUUUUGUUGUUGUUCUGAAAAUAAGGGCUUGCCUUAAUGACUGCAUCAACACCGGAUGUUAAGGAAGCAUACGGUAAAAUGAAAAAAGAAGAGAAAGCCAGCAGUGAUCAGAAAAGUUCUGAUGGAAAGUCGUCUCCAAACAAAAAAGCUGUUGCAGUCAAGUUCAAUAACGUAGCUUUUCUAGAGGAGCAUGGAGAUCGAUUUUGGUUUUUCAAGACUCAUGUAAUUCCAGGUAAAACUGGUAUUAUUUGUGCUUUGGUGAUUAUUCUUGUUGAAUGCCUCUUGAGAAUAUUUUGUCAAGUGUGUAACCAGAUUUGAUUUCAUUUGAGUGCCAUUUUUUGUGUAAUCAAGUCAAGAAAGCGUCCCUGGACUAAUGAUUAAUUUGAUUGUGUUUGUUGUAUUUCUGUGUAGUCCUAUUUUGUCUCUUGAUUGCAUCGUCUGUUCUUAUGGGAAUGCGAUAUCAAAGACAUGAGUACCUCACACCCGCUCAAGAGGUUAGUAAUUACCAUCAAGGAAUAAGGUUUUGGGAGAGUCAAAGUAAAGGGACCAGGGACAACUUAGAUGUUCAUUGCACAGAGGUUUUUGUCUUACAAAGUCAUGUGCAAGAGAGAGCUGUUUGUGGUAAUAAAGUAGCAUAUUGAUAAUGAUACUGCGCUUCUUUGUUGUCUUAACAGGAACAGAAAAAGUUUUCUGCCAUGAUCUGGACAGUCCAUUUUGCAUAUGAUAAUGUUGGCUGGCCCAGUUUUGAGAGAGCUGCACAGAUGAUAAAUGACACUGGUAUGUUUUCUCUUAGUGAAAGGUUUAAAAAAAUUUCAAGGCUUCUUGGACUAGAGUCCAAACUCAGAUUUCUUUUAGUGUUUGUCUUCGUCUUUCAGCACAGUAUUCCUGUUUUUUAUUAGUAUUAUUUUUCCUGCUUCCAUUUCAAAUAUUACUCUUCACCAUUCUCCCAUCCCCCUAUCAAACAGAGUGUAAAUUUGGCGUGCAAACUAGACAGUUCAGACAAACCCUUGCUGUCCCCCCUGUUUCCAGUUUUUCUGCUCUCACCACAGCUUUUGGGCUCUGCUCACACAUUCAACCUCUCCCCCAUCCCUCCAGUCUACACAGACCCCAAAUAACCAUUACUCCUCUCCCUUCCCCCCUACUAGACACUUCAGCUGUCUAUCCCGCCCACACACACACAACCACCCUCAUGUGGUUGGUUGCACUAACUGACCUGCCCUUUUAUAUUUUUCUUAGGUGCUGAUGUGGUUGGUUUUCUAGAAAGUGACUGUUCUAAGCCUUAUCUAGGGAAUCAUGAUCUAGCAACAUGGUUUGAGGAAAGACUUGGAAUGUACUCUGAUUUUGGGCCCUCUACCAGAGAUCAUACAUGGGGGUAAGGUCCUGACUGAAACCUGUAACCUUAAAAAUGAUAACUAAUUUUCCCUCUCAAAGCAAAAUGCUGAGGAGUGAAUAUUCAAAUCCUAUAAAUUGCUAAUUGCCCCAUGCUGCCUAAAUCUCAUAAAUCAGACUAUAUAUUACCACUCAGUAAUAACUCUAACUGUGGCUGUAAACUCGAAAAUUUGAACGUUGCAAAAACCAUCAGCUCAGCUCAUACAAGGGGGUGGGGGGGAUGGUGUUGAAAAAGACCUAAGGGAAGUGACUUCUGGUCUCAUGUCAAAUUCUAGAGGUUGAUCCAAAGUCACCUGGCCCUUUUUCGCUGUUAUCUCUUCAACAAUUCAUAAAAAUAAUUGAUAUGCUUUAAAACAGCUUUGUCAUUUUCCUGAACUCUAUAGAGAUGAUCUACUGCCAGGUUGUUUUGUAGAACAUGGGUUGCAUAAUACAUGUAUGUCUUUUUGCUUGAAAACACUUGUUAUCCAGUCCCUAUUGUGCCUGUGUUUGAAACCCAGGAUUUUUACAGCAACUCAUGCUUAAUCUUGUCAGCCAGUGCUGAAUACUCCAAAUAAGAUCAUCAUAUACUAAUGUAGUAAAAAUCAAAAUCACUGCCCUAGUGGUUAUUUAUAUAUCUAUAUUUUUUUCCUAGGGCCACUUUGCUGUCCAAAUACCCAAUAGUAAAGUCCCAUCAUCAUUUACUUCCAUCUCCCGAAGGUGAGACAAGUCAAGGCAGUAUAAUAAUAUUAUAAUUUCUGAUUUACUAACAUUUUAUUAAACUACCAACAACAAACUGCCUCACAACCAACCAAGUAGCACAAGACGUAACUUUCUUCUUCACCUGAGAUAGGUUGCAACUUUCUUCAUAACCUUGUGCUUUGUGCUUGGCUGUAUCUUCCAUUUUGCAACUGGCUAAAUGAUCCCUGUAAGAGAUUAUUAUGUGGAUUGUAUACUGUUACAAAAAAUUAAUCGUGUUUUUUGCGUAUUCUCUUCUUCAUGUAAUAGGAGAACUAGCUCCAGCUUUAAGUGCGACAAUCAACAUCACUGGUGACCUGGUCGACUUUGUUGUUGUUCACAUGGGAAAUGAUCGGUGAGCAAAUAUGUGCCCGUUGAGUUAACAAAUUAAGUCUUUGAGCCGACCGAAUUCCCAGGCUUCCCUCCUACCCAUCCCUACGGAGCAAGAGAGAACCUGGGAAUGAGGUUGGUCUUUGAACUAGCGUGGAUUGUUGUUAUAACCAUAAUAGCCUGCGUGGCAGGAGUCGAAAGGAAGAGGGGAGGAGGAGAAAAGGGAGAGAGAUUCCCUUUUCCCUUUCACUUUUUUCUCCCCUCCCCCUCUCCCUCCUUUUUAUGGGCCUGCCACACAGGAUAUAUGGAUAUAUUCUGCAGAAAUACCUAGCGGCAUUUCCACUCACUCCUGGGUGGGUUGUUAGUCCAUCGCUGGGAAUGAAUAAAAUGAUCACCUACGGGAAAAUGCGUUGAUCUUUAAGCAAAUUCUCUCGACUUAUUCUUUAAAGAAAUGUAUGGAAAGCAGUUUAGAGAAUUUGUAUGUGGAUCAGUUGGGCCUAAAGGGUUAAGUAGCCGCAGCUUGGAAGAGUUACUUGUAGUAUCAGCUAUUUCUGGUUAAAUAUAUUGUUUAAGUCAUUUUUCGUUUCAUGUACGAUGCUACAGCGAUAACUUGGAUCGUAAGCUUCAGGCUCAAGAACUAGCCAGGAUUAUGGAUGAGAGGUAUGAGCUUGUUCAUUUGUGUGACAAAAUAAAUCGCAAAAUCCCUCUCAAAUCCGGCUGCAUUUUGUAAUAUUUCUUUAGCGACGAUUAUAAAACGUCUAUGAAGCAGUUAAAAUCAUCUAGGCGAGUCGACCUCAGUCUAGGCGAAACAACUUGUAGGCCAAACGACCGACAUUCCUUUUUGUUUUUCCAUUCUUCUUUAUUACAUUGAUGCCCAAGUUCAAAUGGAAUCUCAAACCUUAAAGACGUACGUUCCACAUAACCCCAAGAAAGUUGUUAACAAUCGCUUUUUAUAAUGUUGACACGUUUGGUCAUUGUAGUCCUAACCCUGUGGUAUUUCUGGGAUAUGUGACUUCAUCUCCGAAGAGUCGAGAUUACCGCACACUGAUAGAGAAGGGUCGAACCAAGGUAAAUAUGAACUCAUUUUGCUUUUUCUUUUAUGAAUUGUGUUAUAAGGCAGUUCUACUACGUCGUCAAAUGAUUAAUGAUGAUUUGUUGGGGUCCUAUACAGUUCACAGAGGUUAUAGUACCUUUUAAGUCCCAAGUAGACUGCGAGCAACCUCUCUUUUUCUUCAGAUUUAGUAAGGGGAGUGCACGCGCGCGCGAGCGUUGAGCGGCGAAGCCGCGAGAGGCGAGAAACGAGGGCGUCGUGCCUCUCCCGUCUCGCAUCUUCAGUCACGCGCGUGGUCAUUUGAGUGUCUCGGGCGUUUUGUUCGAAGGACCAAGAAAAAAGAGAGACUGCUCGUAGUCUAAGUCCCAUGAUAUUUUUUUUAAUGGAAAUAACGACAUACAAAAAUACAGAAAAAUAUACCAAUUACGAACUGACGAAAGAGGAAAUCCCCAGGGAUAGUGAAGAGAGAAUUCUUAGCCAGCAGGGAUAGUGAAGAGAGAAUUCUUAGCCAGCACACACAGUGUUCCCUCAGUCAGAAAAAACUUGAAAGAUUGCAUGCUAUGAAUUAAAGUUUAACUUUUUUUCAGUUGACAUCUGGGUCGGAUGUCUACGUUUCUAUAUAAAUUGUGACCAAGUCCACCCCGUUAUAGUCUCCUGUGUGACUCGCGUCACUCCUGUCCGAGAGGCUGCGAGGGAGAAUAACCCCAUUUCGCUUUACUCGCUCAGCUGUUUCACCAAGUUUGACGAUGUGCUGACAACUCAAUUUGUUUACUUUCUCAUUCAUUUAUUGAUUUGGUUUGUUUUGUUCACACUUCUAGGACAUUGACGAAACGGACUCUGACCGCUGGUGUGAAUACAUCAUGUACCGCGGGCUUAUUCGUCUAGGAUAUGCGCGAAUCUCCCAUGGAGGACUUAGUGACACCGAGGUUCAAAUGGCCAAGUUUCGUAUCCCUUCCCCAGGCAAACCAUACCGGGAUAACGACGUUCUUACCACAAGUGCUAAAGAUGUCCCCAACGACGUUAGAUUUUCCAACAGGUGACAAAAACUACAAAAGAGAGCUUAAGCAAAAGCGUUUUUGAGCGACGCACAUCAACCCGGGAAGUGAAUCCUUUUCCCCUCUAUCAUGCCAUGACGCUUCCAAAUUUGAAGUGCUUAGUGUCUUUAGUCUUGUAGAGACGAUUUGUAGAGACGUCCAACGGCAAGCGCGGAUUUGUACCACGUUACCAAGUUUCCCCUGUACUUGUCGUUUACUGUUCAUUACUUCUACACGUAAACUAGUAGUUUCACGCAAUUUUUUAUCCAUAAGAAUCGUUUUGAGCUGUUUUUAUGUGCUCAUUUUCUAUUUUGAGAAAUUCUCAGCUUGAAUCUGACGUUUGUCGUUUGCUGUAUACGCGAAGCUUGAACUCUCUAAUAUUUGGGCACAACUACUGUCCAAGCAUGCAAAAAAUCCUCUUCCGCCGGGUUGACGUGCGUUGAUGCGGCAAGGAGACACUUUUGCUUAAGCCCUCUAAAGUUUUCGUUGGUUAGGGGUUUCCUAUAAAGAGAGGCUCCCUAGUGGGGGCACCAUUCUGCACCAUAGACAAAACAGAACUUUAUCAGAGUGAAUCCCUAAACCACAAACUUCUAUACCACGUGUAUUAUAAAUCUUGACUGAACGAAGUGGAAUGAAAUUUAAAAUUAUUUUAAUCGGUACCAUAUCAUAACUUCAAUUUUUGCAAUGCAAGUGAUUCCUUUUAUCUAUUUAUUUCUGAUUUCUUUUUUAUCUUGUUCCUCAGGUUUGGGUCUUUCUACAAAGGUCAUUACUCCGCCUGGCAGCAUCAUUACCACAUGUCAACACCAAAAUACUUCUUGCCAGCCGACAAGCGGUGAAGGAAAUGAAGAGAAUCGCCGACAUAGUAAAAAUCAUGGGGAGUGCGCACUCUUCGAAAGAACCAGACACCAUGAGGCUGUGAGAGAGGAAGAAGUUGUCCAUAAUACAUCACUAGUGACCGAGGUGUCAUCGAUUAGCAGCCGACGAUCAGCCCGGUUUACGAUGCUUAUUGUGCUUAUUGUUGAUCUAAGUCUGGCUUCUUGCUACCGAUUGAACCAGAAAAAACAAAGACAACAGGCUUGAGGGAAACAAAACUAGGGAGACACCGCGCCGCAAAGUGGCUUGACUUUAAAGACUGAGGGCGUAGUGCUUUGUACGUUCUUUUAUAAUGCUAUGAACUCGCUUUUUUACCAAUGAGUAUUUAUAUGGCGAAGCAACGCUAAACAUGCGUGAAAUCUGCGCAGAACUCACUUAGAAUUAGAAAUACAUGUAAAAAGUGGUACCAUGAUCACCAAAGUGUAGCUUUACCCCGCUGCGCAAAAUUAGAUGUCUUAAGUCGAGUUUGAGGCCAAUGCUAGACUACGAAAACAUGCUUAUGCAAUGGGGGAGAAUCGUGAAAUCUCUUUUGCGCUGAAGGAAAGUAAGUAGAGAAAAGUGUAGUAAGAGGAAAGGAUAACCUAUUCAAAUUCCUGCCCCGCCCCUCUAGUACCAUUCCUCUUCGAAAAACUAGUGUUUGUAGUUCGUUUGUUGUUCACUUCAUUACAAAGCUGUUAAAGUUCGCAUUGUUUUCCGUCGCCCAUGUCUUUAUACGAUUGCAGUAGUAAUGCGUUCGCUGAAUUUGCGUGUGACUUAAGUCAAGUUAGAAAAGACUGAAAAUUGACUUAAAAGUGAGUCUGGAGAAUAAACGGU